CAAGUAUGUUUGCGAAUGUGUAUUUUACCUUUUGGCUGCUAUAUUUUCAUAUGCAGGUACGUCUAUACUACCAAUCUCCACAACAAGGGUCAACAGACGUAUAUCACAAUCAUGCAUGUUUUGAUUGCCAAAAAAUGUGGAAGACACCAAAAUUUGACCCAGAUCAGAUUCGACUGGUGAUUUAUGCAGAUAAUGAAAGAGAUAGAACCUUACUGUUUGACUCCAAGGCUGUCAAAAGGAAUGUUGAGCCUCGGCAAAAAUGCUGUCAUGGCCUAAGAAGAUUUGUUUCACCCAAAACGAAAUUAUGUGUACCGAGCGAACAGGUGUGUGGAGGACGGCAGUCAUCAAAAUUCCUGUUCACCAAGCCAGGAUCAGAUGUACAGAGUCUGGAGGAGAUCAUGUUUGGCAGUGUUGGAAUGGCAUACACUGGGUCCUCCCUCAAAGUCCAUUUGACUAAGUCUCCUCCUCAAUUGAUGCUGACAAAGGUAUUUGUGCCUGAAGCACCAAAAAGAGAAUCAUCGGGAAGUGAACUGGAUUCUGACUCCCUCAGCCUUCAAAGUCACUCAGAUCCCUCUGAACCUAAACCUAUAUCUUGUGCUGAUAGAAAUGGAGGCUAUUUGGCGGAAAGUGUUCCGAUGGAUGUGCCCCUGCCAUCUCACUCUAAACGAGCAAGCUUUGAUAUCAUUGACGAAGACAGUGGUUUGGCAUCACUAACCUCCAGUGGUAGUUUUCAUACCCCAUUCCCAUCGCCUGGAAGUAAUGCUAGUAGUUACAGCAGCAGCUACAACAGCCUGCACCGACGUUGGAUGAGGGUUCAGUAUACGUCCCUAGAGAGUGGACUGAAGAAACGAAACUCACAGGACAAUUUGGUAGCACAUGAGCAGAGUUUUUCAUCAUGCACAACAUCUUCAACAACUAACAAGAAGCAGUCAAAAAUUGCCUUGGGUAUCUUGUUUGGACUAGAAGAAGACAAGGAUUGUUCCGGAGUCAACAGGUGUUUUGAGAAUUUCUUCUUCUCCCACAUUACGCUAUUCGAGGGCCACCUGGACAAACUGAAAGCUGGUGUGAGCCACGCCUACUACAAUAGGAAGCAGUUUGUACACAUUGUCAUGGAGGCUUUGGAAAACUUUCGUAGAGAUGUUCAGGACUUGUACACAACACCACGUCUAUCUGAGCCAGUGUGGCUGAACAUGAUGUCUCACAGUAGCUACAGAUAUGUCAUGUGUGAAAAGUUCAUGAAACAGUUUAUGUUCCUCGUCUCUAAAUAUGAUAACAAGAGCACAAAUUUUUUUAUGAGCACCUUGGUAACGGCAGUUCUCACUCAUCACCUGGCCUGGGUUCCUACAGUUACACCAGCUGGUGGUACCUCUAUCAGGACCUACCUACACAACCACACACCAAACUGGGUGGACACAUUUGCUAAAACACAUCCUUACAAUCCUCUGUGGGCUCAACUUGGUGACCUGUAUGGAGCUAUUGGAUUCCCUCUGAAGUUGGCAAGGACAGUGGUAGUGGGCAAAAAAGCUGAUCUAGUGAAAAAAAUACUGUACAUUCUCACAUACUUUAUUCGAUGUAGUGAUGUUCAUGAAAACGAUGAGUUGGGAUCAUUAAAAUCCUGCCUCGAUGAUCUGACUUUUGAGAUGGAAAGUGAAAGACAGGAUAUAACACCCAUCUUAGAAAAACAACCAGAUUUCUUUUUACCUGUAAGAGAGGAAAAUUCAGGAAGUAGGAUUAGGCAAGGGGAGACAAACUUUGGUAAAGAAAGAGAAGAAGCAGCUUUGAGUUCGCCUAGAAUAAGAGAAGGAAAUCAUGACAAAUCAUGUAGACAAAGGUCAGAAUGUUCUAAGGAUGGAGAAAAGAAAAAGAGUGGAUCUACAUCAUCUUGUGAUAGAGAGAAGCAUCAGAAUCCAUGUGAUAGUGGUAAAGUAAAGCUAUUGUGUUCCCCUAAAGGAUGUGUUCGACAGAUUAGUGUGGAAACGGAGUUAAGAAGGAUUAGUAAGGAAUAUGAAGAUAUUAUUCCAAAAACAAUAAAAAGUGUUCAAAAAAAUGAUCUCCACUUACGUCUGUCCGAUGACAGCUCACUGACUGACGAGGGUUACCAUUCAAUUCUUCAACCAGACCAUGGGUACUCCUCCCUUCAGAGGCCGUGUAGUUUGUCAGUGUCUCAGAUAGUGGAAACUGUGCCUGUAGAAAAUAUCAAGAAUGUUUCCAGAUCUGCGGAGAUUCUCAGUAGUGACUUUAUAGAAAUCCCUACCCCUAACCCAGUGAAACCCCAGGCAUUGUCACCGUCCAGUUCAUGUAGUGUGUCCAGACUCUCACAGAAACUCUUAGAAGAAGAGGAAUCCUCCUCCAGAAAGGAUGUGACAGAGAUGCCUACUGCCAAAGUCUCAGAUAUAAGGACGAGGUAUCUUGAAGAAGGAAGUAAUAGCAUGUUUGAUGAAUAUUUUACAGACCCCAGUAUUGAAACUAAAACUAUAGAUAAUCUAGAUGCUAAGGAUAGGAUUAUUAGUUUCCCACUUGUUAAGUCGGAAUCCAUCAGAAGCUCUACAGACAGUAUUAUAAGAGAACUGGCAGGCUGUGCUAAUAGUCCCACAGCAGAGCUACAAGGUACUCAUGAAAAUCGCCUCGGCUCAUUUGGUGGAGGAAUACGUCCUCGUAUCUCAUCAUUUUCUCGCCAGUAUAGCACAGACAGAAAUCAUAUCUCUGGCCGUCCCAACUCCCUUGCACCUGGAAGAUGCAGAUCUGUCACUCCCACUGAGCUUAGUAGGCGGCGCCACCUCUCCUCUACAAGUAGCUAUGAUGUAGAUUUAUCUGAUCCUACAUCAGGCUGUAAAGAACUGGACAUGCCCAAUUUCAGUGGUGAACUCAGCAGCAGCAGUAUCAAGGUAUUUGACCGCAACUUUGGACGGUCAUUGAUGGCAGGAUACUCUGAUCAUUACCUUUCCGACUUCGUUUUACAUGGCACGUCAGAAAACAGCUUCCAUGAGAAGCUUCGUAGUGAUCUGGAAGUCGCUGUUCAGCAUUCUGUAUUGGAUGAGCCCAUAGGUGAAGCAGUGUGUAUCAUAGCCGACACUGACCAGUGGUGUGUUAAUGUGGCGAGCAGUAGGGAUGUUGACAAGCCUUUUGAACCCCUCACCAAGCCUGUGAUAGCCUCCCAACUUGUGUGUAAUCUCAUGGAGGGAGUCCUUCAGCUUUGUAAACUAAAGAUGAGUUCAGAAUUUUGUCUCAUGCAUUUAGAAGAUAGACUGCAGGAAAUUUUCUUCAAGAGCAAAAUGUUGGCAGAAUAUCUGAAGGAUGUAAAGAAGUGUAAUAUCAAAGAACUCACACAGCUUCUAGGGUUUGAGCCAGGUGAUCUUCCAUUACUGGUGGCCAUAGCAGGAACCCACUCUCCUCAUCUUUCCUUGGGAGUCAUCUAGGUCACAGGGGUCACCUAAGUCAUAGGUCAGGGGUUAUCUAGCUGUCAACGCUCUUUUAGCAAGAGUAAAAAUGACUGUCAGUUGAAGAUCUUGUUUUUGACUAUUUGUAACGUUAAAUAAACAGAGCUUUAUCAAUGAAUUCAAGGUCUGUCUGCAGUCACCAGGUCUUGCACUACAAAACCUAGGUCUUUCCAAGGAUUUAUAUUUUGUAACUUCUGAAUCUGAAUAUGUCAUGAAAGCUAGUUUUAUGGUGCAAUACAUGUGAUACAUAAAUUCAUAGAUACAUUAUGUCAUACAUUUAAUUUUAUAGCUACUUAUUCAUUAGUUGUCAGGGAAAAGGAGAAGCAAAACUAAUACAGAAAAAAAUCCAUAUAGCUGCCCAAAAUAUAAAUCAACUAUCAUCAAUUAUAUUAUCCUCUAAUUUGCUAGAUACCACCUUCAUUUAAAUAAGUCCUGUUAAUAAUGUACCAGUAUUGCUGACCUUUUCAGGAUAUGACUCAUUAUCAGCAUAGCAUUGUUUUUGCAGCAGUACAAAGAGCGUAUACAUAAGUUAACUUACAGAGGGAAAGAAUGGAAAUGAUCUCAGAUUGAUUUGUAUUAUUGUAUGAUACCAGAUUGUGAUAUCUUUUGUGUAAUUGUAUGUGAUUGAUAUGACUGGGUGAAGAGAUUCUAGGCUGUCUAUAGGAUAACCACACUUUGUGGAGAAUCAGAAUCACAUUCUUCACCUGGUGAUAAACUGAAUAAAGUGGAAUCUCAUUAAUCCAGAAAAGUGAAAUUAUCAAACAUUAUUUAAUGUAUAUGUCAUUUCCUGUUUUAGUUUUCAAUUCCAAUUACGGAACAGUUCAGGAACAAAUUUUCGGAUUAAUGAGGUUCAACUGUACAACCUUAAAAUACUGUACAUGUGUCUAUUUUAGUGCUUCCUGCACUGACCCUGAAUCUUAGUGAAGUACAGCACUAAAAUUCUGUAUGUAGCAUGCACAUGUAAUACAUUCAAAGAAAAUAUAAUAACCCAUAUUUAUACAUAUGUGAUACUUCCAUAUGUUUCAAUUAGUGGUAAAAAGCUAUAAAAUGACCAGUCUCCAACAUACAUUAUGAUAUUGAGAAUUCAGUUUGUGGUAACAUUUUGGCAUAGUAAACAGUUAAUGUCGGGGAAGGUUAUAUUACAUCUGGCCACUAUAUAAUACAAAUGGAUAAGCGGCAGUUCAGUUUCAGACUUUUGGAAUGGAUAUGAGAAAAGAAAUUAUCCUCUGAUAUGUUGAUGCACGCUAAAGAUUGCACAAGUACUGUUCUUUGUUCUCAAUUUUGUUUGUU